AUGCAUCUCCUACUCUGCCUCCAAGUUCUCCUCCUAAUCUCCUCCACGACGGCAUCCCUACUGCCUCCUUCUUCCUCAAUCAACUAUUCCGUUCCCCCUCCACCCACCCUUUCUGCCCCAGCUCAAGGGCACGGCCUUAACCCCCGUCUCUCCUGGGACGACAUCGUCAACGGCGCCAAAAGCUUGUACUCCCAAGCCAUGGCCACGCCCACUACCAUCGAGCCCCCCUCGAGCCCCUCGGCAACAGCAGCUGUGCAUGGAGAUCUUCAGGAGGGAGACGGGUAUAACAACAACACGCAAUUCAAGGGGGAAACCGCGGUCGUAUCUGUCGUCAACAUCACACCUUUCAGAUCAACAGAAGACAUCUCAUCAACGCCUUCUCGCAAUGCGCUUCUUUCCUCUCCUCUCAUUGCUGGCAUAUGGCCUCCUCGGCCUGCCUUUUGGCGCCGCCGCUCCUUUUCCAUCAGCGAAUUCCUUGAGCCUGAAGGAGCGCAACUCGAAGCCCCUCCACUCGAAACGGGAACUCCCAAGUCCGAUAUCGCUAUGUCUCCCAUCACUCCGGUAGUGGCGAGGAAACGACAGGAAAGCCCUUCCACAGAUCUAUCACCGAAUACGGUCAAGAGAUCAAAGGCUACGCCCCGCCUGACCGAGAGACAGCAAGAAGGUUCAGCAACCGAGGAGAGAUCACCGAACAUGCCAGGCGCCGAGGAAAGGGCAUGGUCCGGCCUCGGCAGCCGAAGUGCUGAUAGCGAUAAUAACGAUCCUACGGUGGCCGUACGUGCCAACACCCCCAGCACCCCCAGCACCUCCGACUCAGCCAAGGACUCUGACUACAACAAGAAGUAUGGGUAUUGGGUGCCCCUAUACCCCGCGUGGUACGUCUGUAUCGGAAUAGGCAUUUGUUUUACUGGGUGGCUUAUCUAUCAAAUUGUCGCUUGUAUUGUGGGUGGGAGCGAUACUGUGAGGUAUUUCAAAUCGUGGAAGAAAAUCAUACGGGCUCGCUUCCGCAGAAGGGCUGAGAGGAGGGAGGCAAAGAGCGAAGUGGUAGCUCCAGCUUAA